AUGAUCACCACCACAACACUGGUGAUGCCAGUCGACAAGCGAGGGGAGGCCUUGAGAAGACCGCCGCUGCGCUUGCCUGUGAUUGCCCCCAAAGAAGACCAGUCUUCCUCGGCUAGUUCCAGCCGCAGUGGCCCUAGUGUCCCUCCCCGUUCCCGGCUGCCUCCACGGUCGAGAAGUGGCUGCUGGACUUGUCGGUCGCGCAAGGUCAAAUGCGAUGAAUCCAAACCCGUCUGCGGCCCCUGUGCUCGCCUGAGCCUCAACUGCGACUUCAAUCCUCGCAUCUCUUUUCGAAAUGACACCUCGCGAGUCGUGGGACGCAUGCAGGAUGUCACCAUCGCUGCAAGUCCAGUGUGGGAUCCAGCAACUUCUCCAGCGCUGACCGAAAACAGCCCUGGAUCGGCCGACGUGGACGAUCUUCCGCCGUUCGCCAGCCUAACCACAGAUGAGGAACGGGAGAAGAAGGCAGAAAGGUCAAGCCCUGGAACUUACCACGUCGUCGUCAACCAAGAAAGCUUCCGAAAUCUCCCAGAAUACACUGACGAGCCCGAAAUCAAACAAGAAUUGUUGCCGCCGCCCCGUCGAAGCUCCCUAGCCACCUCACUCGCGAGUAGCUUCAGUCGCGACGCGGGCACCGAAGUCGUCCCAGUCUCGGGGGAUCCCAACAUUGUCGUACUGCCCCGAUUUCAAGACGUGAAGCGACGCAGCACCUUCAGCUCCAAUCGCGCUCGAUCACCUAUAUCUCCGACACUUGGACAUGCAAUGGUCAAGGACGAAGCAACUAUCAAGGUGGAGGAUCCGGAGGAAGCUGUGCUCAGUGAAGAAUCAGAUUCCAUGCCCGAACCUGAGCUGCCCGCCGUCGGCCAAGAAGCGCGAUACCUGCGACAAUUCCGGCAGGUGGUGUGGAAGCAUUUGGUUCCAGCAGAGCCUGACCAAAGAGACGGUAUGGCACGGUCAAGUGUCCACAUUCUAGAGCACGCUGCCGCCGGCUUUCCUCCUUUGCACCACGCAAUGAUGGCUGUCGCCGCCCUGAGUGUGGCUAUCCAAGAAGGGAAAGAGUGGCUCGAUGCUCUUCAAUAUUACCAACAAGCGUUGCCUGCAUUGCAGUCCACUCUUCGCGGCCCCAAUGACUUGUCGUCUGAUGGCGCUUUUCUGACUCACUUCCUCUUGCUGGUCUACGAGAUCGCCGCCGCCGACGUCGAGCACUCGAAUCUUUGGUCGCAGCAUCUGCUGACCCUGCUGCAAAUUUCGCUAUUACGACGCGACGAGUUGGGUGGCGAAGUAUUCCCAUUUGUUGUCUGGUGGAUCUGUAACAUUGACCUUGACGCCCUUCUCAGCGGUGCCGGCAAUGGGGGAUACGUCGAGUCUUUGCUGAACAACGAUCUCAUCCCUCCCCCGAGCUUCCACCUGUACCCUCUGGGCCUUGAUGGCUCGAGUGUUCUUUACGCCGACGAGGUGGAAGUUCUCCCGAUUAUCCUACAGCUCGACUAUGAGGUAACUCUCUUAGGCAUUCGGCUGGCACUCCUCGCACGCGAAUUUCGGAGUGAUAUCACGUUCGACGGUGUGGACAUUCUACAGAGAUCUCAAGCUCUGCGAAUUCGCCAAAGCCGGAUUUUCGAGCUGCAGGAGGCGUUACGUCAGUUGUGGGUGACGCCGGCCGUGAUGAUGAUCAACCAAGAGGUCGAUAACCUCCCACUCCGCCCGAAACAGUUGUACGAGCAUGCCGCGUCCUUGUAUCGGGCGUGUAUCAUCUACUCACACACGUCCAUAUGGCCCGGUCAGCGGCUCGAAACGUCUCCAGACUACGACACGGAAAUCGCUGUGGCUUCCAGUCAGAUCUUACAGAUGACCAGCAAAGCUCUGGCGGAGGAUCGGUCGUACUGUCGUUAUCUUGUGUUUCCCGUGUUCAUGGCUGGGUUCGUCGCCACGGAUGGAGCACAUCGAAUGCACGCGGUGGACCUGCUUCGCGAGAUGGAGAAAAGCAGCAUUGGGCGCAAUACCACGACCACACGCAAAGUCCUCGCGGCGGUGUACGAAAAGCAAAAUGAGCGAUUUAUGAAUACGGGACAGAGUCUCGACGUGGAUUGGAUGCACGUCAUGGUCGAGGAGGAUCUAAUGAUCGUGAACUUUGGGCUUUGA